CAGUUUCUCUUGCACCACGGAUAGCAAGGAAGACUGGUUCUAUUGUUUACAUGUCGUUACCUGUUGAAUAGUCAAACCUAUAUAAACCUGGUCAGCGUUUCCCAGUGCUAUAUCUCAUCAAAGGUCACUGAUUAGGAACAAGGUAAAAGUGAUAAUGGAGGGAAACAGUAAACAACAAGAGAUAAACUCGAUCAAAUCUGAGUUUACUGGUCGAUGUCGAGUUACUGAUGGUGUAAAAGAUAAAUUUACCCACUCUAUCACUAUACAGCCUCAAAAUAUGGACGUUACCAUCAAAUUUCAGAUAACAGAGACGUAUCCAGGUUUCAUUCCAACUAUAUCUGUUCGAUCAUCCAGUCUCCACGAUGAUGAUAAUGCUGAUCUAGUAGACGCCUUGAUAAUCGAGGCAAAAACUAUGUUAAAUAAACCAAUGAUAAAGGCACUGGUUCAGUUCGCCGAAAAAUGGUUGAACGAAAGAAGUCUGGGUCGUGGAACGAAGAUGAAAAAACCGACGUCAAACCGGAAGCAUAAACAAAAGAAGAAACCAGUGGACGAGGAACCGGAAGGGAAACAAGCCUCGAUGAAAACUUCAGAAGACGUCAUUAAAAGAAUUCAAUGGGAUCCAGAUCUACCUCAAGAAGAUUUCCUCGUAGGCUACAUCGACCGGUUUUUAGGCAUUCAAGAGAAAUAUUUCACUGCUUUUUCGUGGGAGGAUAUUGCCACUGUCGAUUAUAAUGUAUUAGCUAUCCCACAACACAGGAUACAGUAUUUCAAAUAUAAAGACCUGAAGGUUUGGGACAAAAACGAAAAAUUGGACAACGUGUUCGGGUCUUUGGGCAGCGGCAAGACAAUCACUGAGAUUAUCAAGAAUUAUGUCCCCCAAGAGACUGCAGAGGGUACGAAUGAUGAUAACGGAAGUAUACAAAACGUUACCGGAAGUGAUGAUAGCGACAGUGAUGACGAUAUCGUUGUUACCUUGGAUACGACAUCUGUAAACACGUCUUCAUAUCUCGAUCACAUGAACAAACGUCCUACUCAUUUCAUAGCUAUACGUCUUGAUAAUCAAGAAACAGUCCAAAAAUUAACGGACGUCCAGUCAUGUGUUAAAACUAAUAAACCGGAACUGGAAUCGGGGUUCAUGCCUCCAGCGUGUUUCCACAUCACGCUAUGUACGCUGGGAUUGGAUGACCAAAAUAAAAUCCGCGAAGCCAGUGAACUUUUAAAAAAAUGUCAAGACGAAUUUAGUAAAAUGCGACCUGUCGAGUCGCUGAAACUUACUGGAGUGGACAACUUCUACAACCGAACCGUUUACGCCAAAAUCAAAUAUCCCAAAAAGUUUUUGGAUUUCGUGGACUAUGUUAAGCUAUGCUUCGUGAAUGCUGGUAUUCCAAUUAGGGACAAUUAUGGAUUCGUACCUCACAUUACCAUUUUGAAAGUGAGCAAAGAAUCCUCACGAAGGCUGGGAUCUAGAUUUCAGAUCAGUGAUGUGUACAGUGAUUUUAAAGAUGGGGUGCUGGGAUCUCAGUCCGUUGAUAGACUCAGCCUGUGUAAGAUGGGAGACGAACGACAAGACGAUGGCUUCUGGGUUUCUUUACAAGACAUCGACUUGAAUACUUAA